AUGGGCAACAAGGUGGUAACUUUUACCGAUCAACAGUUGGAGGACUAUCAGGAUUGUACGUUCUUUACUCGCAAAGAGAUCCUGAGGGUACACAAGCGAUUUCGGGAGGCCAGUCCCGAGCUGGUCCCUUUGGUGAUGACCGAGGGGCAAGCCACUUCGAUCCGGGUGCCAAGUGAACGGAUCGGUAAAUUGCCGGAGUUAGUGGAGAACCCUUUCAAAGGACGAAUGUGUCAAGCGUUCUCGCGCGACCAUGAUGGAAAUUUAACGUUCGAGGACUUCCUGGAUUUGCUGUCCGUUUUUAGCGAGCAGGCACCGCGAGAUAUUAAGGUGUUUUAUGCUUUUAAAAUUUAUGAUUACGAUAAUGACGGCUUCAUUGGUCAGUCCGACCUGCUGAAUGUCAUCACCGCACUGACCCGCAGCGAGCUAACCGUGGAGGAACAUCAGCAAAUUGUCGACAAUGUGAUCGAAGAAGCGGACGUUGAUGGUGACGGCAAGUUGUCCUACUUGGAGUUCGAACACGUGAUUACUCGGGCACCCGAUUUUAUGUCCACGUUUCAUAUACGAAUUUAA